GCGACCGAGGGAGGCUGCGGGGACGCUGUGCGCGUGACCAUCGCGAGUGGGAUAAAAAAAAAACAUCUAUACUUUGUUCCGUGUCCACACUGCUGGCUCUUCGAGCUUUUUCUGCUUUCAGUUUCUGGCUCAAAUGAGAAAGAUGCGGGUGGGAGGUCCCGUGCGCUAGGCUCGUGGAUGGGAAACACCCGAAAACCGGACCGCAGACCGGACCGCACGCGCACCUGCACCGCUCGGCACGCGAGCCUCGGCUUUACCGUCGGUUGAAGGAAAGCCUCGUGGAAGAGAAGCGGCUUGGCGAUGGAUGCUUUCUUCGCGGAGGGUUCCCGCGUCUGGGUGUGGCACCAGGAGCAGCUUCUGCCAUCUGUGGUCAACUCCUGCGAUGACCGCUCCCUGGUCCUCAGCUCAGACUAUGGAGAAGUGAUCUACCUGCAGAUGGAGGAGGUGAACCGGGAGAAGGUGUACCCCAUGCACCAGACCAGCGUGGAUGGAGUGGAAGAUAUGUCCACACUGGCAGAGCUGCAUGAGGCCGCCAUCAUGCACAACCUCCACCUACGCUACCAAAAGGACUGCAUCUAUACCAACAUCGGCUCCAUCCUGGCAGCGGUGAACCCCUACAAGCAGAUCGCUGACCUGUAUGACCCGGAUGCCGUGGAACUCUACAGCCAACACCACUUGGGAGAGCUUCCGCCCCACAUCUUUGCCGUGGCCAACGAGUGUUACCGCUGUCUGUGGAAGAGGCACGACAGCCAGUGCGUCCUCAUUAGUGGAGAGAGCGGUGCAGGGAAGACGGAGAGCACCAAGUUGUUACUACAGUUCCUGUCCGUCAUGAGCCAGAACUCGGCCGGAACCCCGCCUUCUGAAAGGAGCACGCGAGUGGAGCAGGCCAUUGUGCAAAGCAGCCCCAUCAUGGAGGCCUUUGGCAACGCGAAGACUGUCUACAACAACAAUUCGAGCCGCUUUGGCAAGUUCAUCCAGCUGCACUUCUCCCAAAACGGGAAUAUCCAGGGCGGCAGUAUCAUCGACUAUCUGCUUGAAAAGAACCGUGUGGCGCGUCAGAACCCGGGGGAGAGGAACUAUCACAUCUUCUAUGCAUUGCUUGCAGGUGCUGACAAGAAUCAGAAGGAGAUGUACUUCCUGGAGGAGCCUGAGUGCUACUACUACCUGAGCCAGUCGGGUUGUGUGAAGGACAGGAGCCUGGAUGACAAGCAGCUGUUUGACAGUGUCAUGGAGGCUUUAAAGGUCAUGGAGUUCACCGAAGAGGAGAUCCGAGACGUCUUCAAGCUACUGUCAGGGGUUCUGCAGCUGGGGAACAUCGAGUUCAUGACAGCAGGAGGGGCACAGAUUGUGACCAAAGGAGUUGUCAGCAUUGUCAGUGACCUGCUGGGCCUGGACUCCUUCCAGUUAUCAGAAGUCCUUACCCAGCGCUCCAUGAUCCUGCGAGGGGAGGAAAUUUGCUCCCCACUUACCGUAGAACAGGCUGUGGACUCCCGCGACUCAGUCGCUAUGGCACUUUACUCACAAUGUUUCUCCUGGAUCAUCAUGAAGAUCAACCAGAAGAUCAAAGGGAAGGAUAACUUCAAGUCCAUCGGAAUCCUGGACAUCUUUGGCUUUGAGAACUUUGAGGUGAAUCGGUUUGAGCAGUUCAACAUCAACUACGCCAACGAGAAACUGCAGGAGUACUUCAAUAAACACAUCUUCUCCCUGGAGCAGCUGGAGUACAACCGAGAGGGUGUGCACUGGGAUGCAAUAGACUGGAUGGAUAAUGCAGAGUGUUUGGACCUCAUAGAAAAGAAGCUGGGCAUGUUGGCACUGAUCAACGAGGAGAGUCGCUUCCCCAAGGGCACCGACUACACCCUGCUGGAGAAACUGCACAGCCGACACGCUACUAACCCCUACUAUGUGAAGCCCAGGGUCACCGAUCACCAGUUUGGCAUCAAGCACUAUGCUGGAGAGGUCUUGUAUGAUGUGCGCGGCAUCCUGGAGAAGAACCGGGACACAUUUAGAGAUGACAUCUUGAACAUGUUGAAAGACAGCAGGCUGGACUUCAUCUAUGAUCUCUUUGAGCGUGUGGGGAGCCGGAGCAGUGAGGAGACGCUAAAGAUGGGCACUGCCAGGCGCAAACCCACAGUCAGCUCCCAGUUCAGGGACUCCCUUCACUCUCUGAUGGCAACCCUGAGUGCUUCAAACCCUUUCUUUGUCCGCUGCAUUAAACCAAAUAUGGAGAAGAAUCCAAACAAAUUUGACCCAGAAGUGGUGCUAAACCAGCUCCGGUAUUCCGGCAUGUUGGAGACAGUGAAGGUUCGUCGGGCUGGAUUUCCUGUUCGCCGAACGUUCAAGGAUUUCUGCAGCAGGUACAAGGUCAUCCUGAAGGACAAGGCCUCCACUGGAGAUGAUAAGAAGAGGUGCACAGACCUGCUGAUGGCACAUGACAGGGCCAAGAAGGAGUGGCAGAUGGGAAAGACAAAGGUGUUCCUGAAGGAGGCGCUGGAGCAGAGGCUGGAGAAGGAGCGGGACGAGGUGCGGCGCAAGGCAGGCAUGGUGAUCCGGGCCCACAUACUGAGCUAUGUGGCAAGGAAGCACUACAAGAGGGUCCUGUCCAGCAUCAUCACCAUCCAGAAGAAUUAUCGUGCCCACUACUGGCGGCGAGUCUUUUUGCGCCUGCGUUCAGCCACUCUCGUCUUCCAGAAGCACCGGCGUGGACAGCUGGCCCGCAGCCACUGCCACCGCCUGCGUGAGGAGAAGAGGAAGAGGGAAGAGGAAGACGAUAGGAGGCGCCGCGAGGAGGCGGAGAGACUCCAGUGUCUGGAGCAGGAGAAGUUGGUACUAAAGAGGCAGCAGGAGGAAACCCAGCAACGAGAAGCUGCCGUGGAGAAAAAGCCAAGUGCCGCGGGAGCUGGAGAGCCAAGGAAUAAAGUGGGUGCAGAUUUUCUCCAGGUGAGAAUAUCAUUGACUCGCAGCCCGAGCCCUCACACCACCGAAGAGGAAAGGAGGCAGAUGGAGGAGAUACUGAGACUGGAGCGGGAGAUUGAGCAGCUGCAGAAGCAGCGGGAGGACGGCGUGUCACAGCUCUGCGAAAGUUCCCGGGCCGAGCUGCAGCAGAGGCGCGACGCCGAGAUACGACGGUUGAGAGGUGAGGCAUCGCGGGUCGCCACCCAGUUCCUGGACAUGCUGGACUUUGGAGCGCUGGAGCCCUCCACCUCCAGUGAGGAGAACGUGCAAGACAUCAGCAAGACCACUGGCCCAUCUGCCCUGGAGGAUGUGGACGAGGGCCUCCGUGCCAAGGAUGGGCGCAUCCCGCUUCCUGAUUUUCCACCACCGGCGGAGGGACCCGUGGACCAGGAAAUGUUUAAUAACCUGCCACCUCCUCCACCUGCUUUUGCAGAGGGCAUGGUGUCCCCUGUCCCUGCAGCUGCAAACAUCUCUCUAGCUCUCAACCCCCCUGCCACCUCAGACACCCCGACACCCCCACCUCCCCUUCCACCCGCAACUGCUGCCAAGGAAGACGAGGGUCCCGAUUAUGAGACCAUCGACCAUGUACCGCCUGAAGGCCUGCCCGACUCAGAGGAGCCUAUCUACAGCAACCCCCCAGACGUGGAUUCUGACUAUGAUCAUGAUGAGUUUGAUGAGGCCCAAGGCAGCUCCGGGGAUGCCGGUAGCACCAAUGAUGGUCACAUGACGGACGAGGAGGUGCUACGAAAGUCCACCUGCACCAACCACAGCCAGGAUUCGUACCGCGGCAGCUCCGACUCGUUCAUUGACAGUGAUGAUGACAAUGAUGGAUAUGUGGACACAGAUGAAGAGGUAUCCAACGGGAGAGUGAAUUUGUUGAAUGGAAAUGGACCUCCGUACUUCCACAGCUACCUCUAUAUGAAGGGUGGUUUAAUGAACCCAUGGCGUCGCCGCUGGUGUGUCCUGAAGGACGAGACAUUCAUGUGGUUCCGGGCGAAGCAGGAAUCUCUCAAGUCAGGUUGGCUGUAUAAAAAGGGUGGCGGAUUAUCCACGCUGUCCCGGAGGAACUGGAAGAUGCGUUGGUUCGUGCUCCGUGAGUCCAAGCUCAUGUAUUUUGAGAAUGACAGCGAGGAGAAGCUGAAGGGAACCAUCGAUAUUCGGACGGCUAAGGAAAUUGUGGACAACCAUGAGAAAGAGAAUGCUCUAAACAUUGUAACUGAGGAGAGGACCUACCAGGUGUUUGCAGAGUCCCCAGAGGAUGCCAGCGGCUGGUUCAAUGUGUUGAGUCGGGUACACAGUGCAGCACCAGAACAGCUGUUGGAGAUGCAACAUGAGCAGGCCAACCCCAAGAAUGCAGUGGGAACACUAGAUGUCGGGUUGAUAGAUUCAGUCUGUGCCUCGGACAAUCCUGACAGGCCCAACUCCUUUGUGAUCAUCACAGCCAAUCGGGUGAUCCACUGCAACACAGACACACCAGAGGAAAUGCACCACUGGAUUAGUCUCCUGCAAAAGCCAAAAGGCGACUCCAAGAUCGAUGGGCAGGAAUUCUUAGUCAGGGGCUGGCUGCACAAGGAGAUCAAGUCUGGGGGGAAGAGUACUUCACUAAAGCUAAAGAAGCGCUGGUUUGUACUGACCAACAAUUCCUUGGACUACUACAAGUCGUCCGAGCGCAGUUCCUCCAAACUGGGCACUCUGGUGCUCAACAGUUUAUGCUCUGUGGUGCAGCCUGAGGAGAAGGUUUUCAAGGAGACCGGCUACUGGAACAUCGUUGUCCACGGGCGGAAACACUCAUACCGUCUAUACACUAAGAUGCUGAACGAAGCCACAAGGUGGACCUCUGCCAUACAGGGUGUCAUCGACAGCAAGGUUCCCAUUGAGACCCCCACCCAGCAACUGAUCCGGGACAUCAAGGAGAACAGCCUAAACCCUGAGGCUGUGGAGCAGACGUACCGCAGGAAUCCCAUCCUGAGAUACACCCAGCACCCCCUGCACUCUCCCCUACUGCCCCUGCCCUAUGGAGAAGUCAAUGUCAGCUUGCAAAAGGAGAAGGGCUAUGCCAGUCUGCAGGACGAAGCUGUGAAGAUGUUCAACUCCCUCCAGGAGAUGGAGACUGUGUCGGACCCGGUGCCCAUAAUCCAGGGAAUCUUACAAACAUGCCAGGACCUGCGACCACUCCGUGAUGAGGUUUAUUGCCAGCUCAUCAAGCAGACCAAUCAUGUGCCACAGUCCAACAGCCCAGGCAAUCGGGCACACUGGCACCUGUUGACGUGCAUGAGCUGCACCUUCCUGCCUAGCCGCGCCAUCCUACGCUACCUCAAGUUCCACCUGAAGAGGAUCAGGGAGCAGUUCCCUGGGACAGAGAUUGAAAAGUACGCCCAUUUCAUUGGCGAGUCACUGAAGAAGACCAAGUCCCGGGAGUAUGUGCCCUCCCAGGAGGAAAUUGCUGCCCUCCUGACGAGACAGGAGAUGACCACCACUGUGUACUGCCACGGAGGAGGAUCGUGCAAGAUUUCUAUCAACUCUCACACCACUGCUGGCGAGGUAGUGGAGAAGCUCAUCCGAGGUCUUGCUAUGGAAGACAGCAGGAACAUGUUCGCCCUAUUUGAACACAACAACUUCACAGACCGGGCUGUGGAGAGCCGCAUCAUUGUUGCUGACAUUUUGGCCAAGUUUGAGAGGCUGGCAGGCAGUGAGGAAGAGGAGGAGGAAGGACAGUGGAGGCUUUACUUCAAGCUCUACUGCUUUCUGGAUGUGGAGAGCAUGCCUAAGGAAGGAGUUGAGUUUGCCUUCAUGUUUGAGCAGGCCCAUGAGAGCUUGAUCAGCGGUCACUUUCCAGCCCCAGAAGAGACCCUUCAACAUUUGGCUGCCCUGCGUCUUCAGUAUCUUCACGGGGACAUGGGCCGAAGUGGCUGGAACUUGGACACUGUCUACCCUGUGGGCCGCCUGCGAGCCCGCAUCCUGCAGUCCACUAAGGCAGGCGGAGCUGGAGUGACUGGUGCAGGUGUGGGGUCGGGUGGCCACACCCUUGAGCGAAGACGCACCAGCUUCCUGGACGGCACGCUGCGGCGUAGCUUCAAGACAGGGUCCCUAAAGAAGCAGCGCGUGGAGGAGGAGCAGAUGUUGGAGAUGUGGGUGAAGGAGGAGCUGUCUGCCACGCGUGCCAGCAUCAUGGAGAAAUGGUCUCGGCUUCAGGGGCUGCCGCAACACCAGGCCAUGCUCAAAUACAUGGCCAUCAUUAAGGAGUGGCCAGGCUAUGGGUCCACCCUCUUCGAUGUAGAGUGUAAGGAAGGAGGCUUCCCCCACGACCUGUGGCUGGGUGUCAGUGCAGAGAACGUGUCCGUCUACAAGCGAGGGGAGCCCAAGCCCCUGGAGACCUUCCCUUACGAGCACAUUGUCUUCUUUGGAGCACCACAGCCUACCACCUACAAGAUCACCGUAGAUGAAAGGGAAAUGUUCUUUGAGACACCGCAGGUGGGAGAAAUCACCAAGAUCAUGAAAGCCUACAUCAACAUGAUUGUGAAAAAGCGAUGCAGCGUGAGAUCUGUGUCGAGCUGUGGUAGUGCCUGGAUCAGGUGAUCUGCUGAGACCAGUCGCCAUUCAGCAUCCUAAGAGCAUCAUAGAGGGGAUUAUUCUGUGUAGACAAAGAUGUACUGAGCAUGGAAGACACUAAAACACUGAACUGACUGGGAAACAUAUCCAAAUAAAGCAAGAAGGAAACUCUUACCUUGUUUGAGCAACAGACUGAACAAUGAGAGACUGAUGGGAACAAAGAAAUCUUUGCUACACGUCAGAGACUGUGGCAAACAAUUAGCACAUUUUAAUGUAUUCUGUCCUUCGUACAGGUUGAUGUUUGUUUUUUAAAUAAGUAAACAAAAAACCAUUUCAACAAAUGGAGCACAAAAGCUUAAACAAGUCCGUUUUUUUCCUGAUUACUGCCAAAACUCUAAUGAAAGAAGCAACAAAGCCAUCUGCUUACUUGACUCCACCAGUCCAUCUUCGAUGCUACAUUGCGUUUAUGGCCAUAUGGACCAAACUAUGGACGCCUCUCGCACGAGAUCCGAGAGCCUUUAGUUCCUAGUCGUUGCACUUCACUCUCAGUGCCACAGGACCACAUGUUCUUCUGGUGUGCCAGUGUUGCAAAGCAGCCUUGUGUGGGGCAGGCAUCCCGUGACUGUGUCCUCACCAACCUUCUCUCCACAUACACCUUCACCGCUGCAUCUUUCUGUGGAUUCAUGUAGGCCUCUGCACAAUGUGUGGCUAGUAUUAUGGUAAAUAUCAGUCUGUAGUCCUUAGAUGCAAGAGCUAAAGUGUAGGUCAAACACCCUUACUUGCACCUGAUAUUUGUAUUGUGCUCAGAACCAGUAGACCAUUAGACUGUUAUCUGUACGAAUCCACGUGUUCUUCAUUGCCAUGUAAUAUCAUCUGCUGCAUAUACAACGGGCUCCUUCGGGUGGGGGGUAUUGCAGGUGUUGGGAGGAACCUGUGAGUCUGGAUGCAAUAGGGGGAGGACCAUUCCCACCCCUGAAUCUUGAUGCCUUAAAUGGUCUCGCUGCUUAUGAAUCCUAAGUGGCAUUCCUCCUGUGGGUCUGUUGUUUUAGUCAUCAGCAUAGGCCAUUCUACCGCACAGUGGAAGUCGAGCCAAACUGGUAGUCUGUAGUGAUCAAGCACUAGGAACAAUUACUGUACUUUCUCACCCUUUUCUUCAGUAACAGGGUUUUUUGUGCAGGCAAAGAUACAGUAAGAGUGACAGUCAGCCGUUUCUAUUGAACAAAUUGAUCAGCAAUUUACAAAACCCUGAAUCAUACCAUGACAUCGUUCACAUGAUACUUGUGAAUCCAAAUGUAUUUGUAAUACUCAGUUCAAGUCUCCAGUAUCUGAACAGUACUGUGUAAUUUGCUGUUAGACAUUCAAUUUUUUUUUUAAUCGUUUGCGUGAUGUGACUGAGAGUUUUGAAUCUAUUGGUGGAACAGAACUAUUGGUGAAAAAAAGUGUUGUUAAGAAACAAAUGUAGCAGGGUACCUCUUGUCCUGGGGGUUUGUUAUAGAUGUGUUUUACAAGAGAGGAUCUACUGGUCGGGAGGGGCUGGUUGGGGGGGUAUUUAUUCUAUAUCUUUAGGUAACUAUAUUCAAAGGAAAUGGCACUUGGUAAAUAGAUCUUGCAGGGCAAUGCAGACAUGGGGAUACUGUAUGUCUGUGUGUCACCCAUGAUCACGAUGUGUGGACCUCGCACGUGGCACCUCCUCUCCCGUGUCUUAACUACUGUUACACGAUGAGUCCGGACGGCUGCAGGCAGCCACACCGGCCCAGAAUGUACGCAUUUAUUAUUGUUAUAAUCAUAAACAAAAUUGUGCUUGUUUUAAAAGAAGAGAGAAAGAACAGAUUUUUUUGUA